GUGAGCUCACGAUUGAUCACCGUCUUCUUCUGUAGCGCUUACAAACAUCUCUCUCCUCUCCCCUCUCCCCUCUCCCCUCUCUCUCACACACAUUUCAGGUACAUCUCUCUCUGUCUCUCACACACACAUUUCAGGUUAUUCUGUUGUUGUACCAUAGCCAUCACUUGGACCACUCUCUUCAUUCACAAGCGAUAAAUUCCUAUUCCAACCACCAACUCAUCGCCAAAUCCAAACCCUAAAAACCCGAUCUUCACCACUGCUACUGAUUCAUUACACCCUUUUCCGAUGUCAUGAGUUGCAGAAAGAAAACACCUUUCGAAUCAAGGUACAAAUUUUAACCCUAACCCUAAUUCUAACCCUACAAUUCUCAAUCAUUCACAUGUGGGUUUGUUUCUGCGAUCUGAGAACACCUAUCAAGAAAUGUUAGGGGCCGUCCAAUUCGGUGCAUUGGCGGCCUGUGUUGUCCUCUUCGUGCCGAUGGGAAUGGCCGGGUGGCACCUCAGCCGCAACAAGAUGCUCUUCUUCAGCGGAGCCCUGUUCAUCACUCUCGCGGUAGGUGUUCAUCUCACCCCUUAUUUCCCAUCCAUUUCCAGUUUUGUAUCAUCUGUAUCUUCAGUAGUAGUGUUAGAGAAUCGCGAUUCUUGCAUUUCUUUACUCCAUGAUAUUGUAUACGAUGUCAAAUUGAAACCAAGUAGGGGUGUUGAGAAUUUGAGUAAUGUGUCGAAUCAUGAAGAAUUGUGGAGUUGGUCGAGAUCUGCACCUGUCAUGGCAUGUGGGUUUCAGAAAUUAGGCCGGUCUGAUGCGUCCGAUCUGCUUAACGGGUCGUGGGUGGUUGUGGCCGGGGACUCACAGGCGCGGUUGGUUGUGGUUUCUCUGUUGAGUUUGGUUUUGAGAUCGGAAGAGAUGGAUUUGAUUCGGGGUGGUUUGUUUAAGCGGCACAGUGAUUAUCAAAUUGUGGUUGAUGAAAUUGGAAUGAAAUUGGAUUUUAAAUGGGCACCCUAUGUAUCGAAUAUAACUGAUUUGAUGAUUCAAUAUAAGCAAAGUAAGAAUUACCCUGAUGUUUUGGUGAUGGGGGCUGGAUUAUGGCAUAUGUUACAUGUGACAAGCUCGUCGGAUUUUGGUGAUUCUUUACGAGUGUUGAGGGACUCAGUGGUCCCUUGGCUACCCAUUUCUCCAGAGUUCAACACCGAUGGGCCAGUGACAGGAUCUGUUUCCAUUCAAUCCCCACACCUGUUUUGGCUCGGUCUGCCGAUGCUUAUAAACUCCAUGUUGAAUACAGAGGAGAAGAGGGAGAAGAUGACAGAUGCAAUACAAGUUGCUUAUGACGAAGAGCUUUAUAGAAGUAAGCUCUUGCGCCAAUCUGGUGGCCCACUUUUAUUACUGGAUAUUGACUCUCUGAGUCGGAAAUGUGGUACACAGUGUACAAUAGAUGGGAUGCAUUAUGACGAGGCUGUUUAUCAAGCUGCCGUUCAUAUUUUGCUGAAUGCAUUGCUUAUUGAAUCUCAUCAGAAACUAUGACAGAAUAGUGUUGGUUCCUUUGGGGAUCUCUGAGGCACCAAACUUCUUUGAGGACACAAAGGGGUUCUCAACAAAUUAAUUGCUUUUGAUUCUUGCCAGAGAUUACUUCCAUCUCAUAUACAUGAUUUUUUCCAGGUUCUCCCUUUGGCUACAAAUUAACUCAGUAGAGAAAUUUUUGUUGUGGUGGUUACAUUUCACGUUUCAAUUUUUCCUUCUUUUUUCAUAUGUAUGAAUAUCAAAUGCUCACAACACUUGUAUUCUAUAGUUCAUGUCUCGCAUCCAAUUUUGAUGUGAACAGAUACAAAAGUUCUGUAUGAAUAUUUUGCUACAUGUUUUGCAGUUUCAUAGAAGCAAUUGAUAUCUUGUUGAAUUAUGCCAA